GGAAGUGGCGCGUUUGUUGUUGGGAAGCGCGAGGUUGUUGUCGUAUAUGCCUAAAUUUGAGAGCUACACAUGCCCUAAAAUGCGUCGUUUUUGUUUCACUGAUGCGUUAGUUGUGGCAUUUGUUGUAUCAGGAAUCACCCAGUCAUGCUUUGGUGCCACGGAAGGUAAUGUCGCUGCAGGACACGAAGCGAGUGGAGAUGGGGCUUUGACGCCAGAGUCAGCCGCUAGAUCUGUGCCCAUGCCACCGUCCUUGUUACCGUUUGAGGAUCACAAUGUAGGCUACUACUUUUCUCUGGGACUGACGGCUGCCUUUCCCGACGAUCUGGAGGUCAGCGACUAUUGCUUGUCUCUGUUGCGCAUAUUUGGAGAGCGUUACGUCAACUACGUCAAGUGUCUAGUCUCUUACACGCGUCCUGUUGCCGUGUGCGAGAACUGUUACAAAAACUUCAACAACCUGCAGGAAAUCUACCUCAACAUAUCGUCUGAUGCGGUGGGUCCAGAGAAUGUGAGCUGCCUUGAUAGUCUUAUACGUUUUGACCGGCUGAUGUUGGUGUUCAAUCUCUACAACGCGCAGACUGACAUUUGGGCCGCAGCAGACUGUAAACAGUGCCUCACGGGAGACCAACAGAGCUUGAGUGACACCACUGUCUACUUCCUCACCGUGCUCAAUAACUCUGUCGACUGCUUUGACCAGCACAAGCAGGGCAACCAUUCGGAGCUAUGUAAGGAGUGCAAGAAGCCAUACCAGACCCUAAGUGCGCUCUACAACCGGAUGGAGAAAAACGAUACACUCUGCAUUGACCUUGAGGAUAAGAUGAAUGUGACGCGGCGCCUGUGGAGUAAGAAGUACAACUGCUCGGUGCCGCGGGAGGAGACGGUGCCGGUGAUCGCCGUGUCCAGCUUCAUGCUCUUCCUGCCCAUCAUCUUCUACUUGAGCAACUUCCUGCACUCGGAACAAAAGAAGCGCAAACUCAUACACCCCAAGAGAGCGAAGUCCAACAACAGCCUCAUGAACAUCCAGGAGAAGUUCAGCUGAACACCUGAAGACUCUCUAGACAGAGGUUGGUCUGCACACUGCCAAAUACGCUCAGAAAAAAAUAAAAUUCAUUCAAUUAAAAAGCAACUUUUUGAUCA